UUCCUGGAACCGGUCCUGCAUUUGUAACACAGCCAAAAUGCUCCACUGACUGCAGUGGGCAUUAUUUGUAUGAGUAAGGACUACAGGACUAGGCACCCUAUAGCAGCAGUCUCUCCAGAGUGUAACCUCCUGCCUGAAUGUUGUUCCUAUUAGCCCUGGUCUACACUAGGACUUUAGGUCAAAUUUAGCAGCGUUAAAUCGAUGUAAACCUGCACCUGUCCAUACGAUGAAGCCCUUUAUUUCGACUUAAAGGGCUCUUAAAAUCGAUUUCCUUACUCCACCCCUGACAAGGGGAUUAGUGCUGAAAUCGGCCUUGCCGGCUCGAAUUUGGGGUACUGUAGACACAAUUCGAUAGUAUUGGCCUCCGGGAGCUAUCCCAGAGUGCUCCAUUGUGACCGCUCUGGACAGCACUCUCAACUCAGAUGCACUGGCCAGGUAGACAGGAAAAGAACCACGAACUUUUGAAUCUCAUUUCCUGUUCGGCCAGUGUGGCAAGCUGCAGGUGACCAUGCAGAGCUCAUCAGCAGAGGUGACCAUGAUGGAGUCCCAGAUUCGCAAAAGAGCUCCAGCAUGGACGGAACGGGAGGUACGGGAUCUGAUCGCUGUAUGGGGAGAGGAAUCCAUGCUAUCAGAACUCCGUUCCAGUUUUCGAAAUGCCAAAACCUUUGUCAAAAUCUCCCAGGGCAUGAAGGACGGAGGCCAUAACAGGGACCCGAAGCAGUGCCGUGAGAAACUUAAGGAGCUGAGGCAAGCCUACCAGAAAACCAGAGAGGCAAAUGGCUGCUCCGGGUCAGAGCCCCAAACAUGCCGCUUCUAUGAUGAGCUGCAUGCCAUUUUAGGGGGUUCAGCCACCACUACCCCAGCCGUGUUGUUUGACUCCUUCAAUGGAGAUGGAGGCAACACGGAAGCAGAUUUUGGGGACAAAGAAGAUGAUGAUGAUGAUGAGGUUGUAGAUAGCUCACAGCAAGCAAGCGGAGAAACCAGUUUUCCCGACAGCCAGGAACUGUUUCUCACCCUGGACCUGGAGCCAGUACCCCCCGAACCCACCCAAGGCUGCCUCCUGGACCCGGCAGGCGGAGAAGGGACCUCCGCUGCAUGUGUUUCAAUGAUCACAGGAUCUUCUCCUUCCCAGAGGCUAGUGUAGAUUAGAAAGAAAAAAAAAACGCACUCAUGAUGAAAUAUUCUCUGAGCUCAUGCUGCCUCCCACACUGACAGAGCACAGAUGAAUGCGUGGAGGCAAAUAAUGUCAGAGUGCAGGAAAGCACAAAAUGACCGGGAGGAGAGGUGGCGGGCUGAAGACAGGACUGAAGCUCAAAUGUGGCGGCAGCGUGAUGAGAGGAGGCAGGAUUCAAUGCUGAAGCUGCUGGAGGACCAAACCAGUAUGCUCCAGUGUAUGGCUGAGCUGCAGCAAAGGCAGCUGGAGCACAGACUGCCACUACAGCCCCUGUGUAACCAACCGCCCUCCUCCCCAAGUUCCAUAGCCUCCUCACCCAGACGCCCAAGAACGCGGUGGGGGGGCCUCCAGCCAACCAGCCACUCCACCACAGAGGAUUGCCCAAAAAAACAGA